AUGUUUGAAAAGGAUUUAGCGGAUCCAGUACAGAUAACAAAAGAUGUAGAGAGAUCAUUGUACUACUAUCCACAAGAUGGGUUUCAUGAUAUAUGCACUUGCUUUUUACUCGUGCUAGGUAAAAAAGCCGCUAUUCCCGCAGCAGAAAACGUCGCACUGUUUUUUAUUCGAGAUGCCAUGCUAGAUUCUUUUGAUCCGGUAUCAAAGCAACUACGGCUGAUGAGCUCACUUAUCGAAUAUGAAGAUCCCGAACUCUCUUUAUUUCUCGAAAAAGCCAAUGUUAUGCCGUAUUAUGCUUUGAGCUGGAUACUUACCUGGUUCAGCCAUGAUUUUGAAAAUUACGAAAAGGUCGUUCGCUUAUUUGAUUUAUUUAUCGCUAGUCCUGCCAUCAUGCCUGUCUUUACAGCAAGCGCCAUCACAUUGUUACGACGAGAUGAAAUAUUAGCGGCAGAAACAGAUAUCGUGCAUUCACUCGUGACACGCAUCCCACAAAACACGGAUAUCGAAAAAAUCAUUCACAAGGCUGUACAAUUAGAAAAAUCCUACUCCUCCUUACAGUUACAAAAGCGGAGUGGUAUCUGGUUACAUGACGAGUCUGUGAUUAAUACCUGGGAGAAAGACUGGGGUACGUUAGAAUGGGGUGAUGUGCCAGACCAAUUACAGGCAAAUCAAUAUCUAAGUCAUCAAGUCAAAAAAGAAGAAUGGGAGGAUGAAAUGUUGGAAGAGUGGAGUAAAAAAAGGAGAGGUUCCAUUGAGGAUCAAGACGAUUGA